UUGUUAUUUUGGUUGAUGUCUUUUCAUUGUUUGUCUCACUCAUGUUUCCUGAUUGAUCUCAUUUAUUUUUAUUUCAACCCUAAAAUAUGUUGUGUAUUUUUAAGCCUUUCUGUGUUUGGUGUGAUAUCCAAGUUCCUUGCUGUUCUGUUCUGGUUUUUGAUCGUGUCGUGUUCCCCCUUUUGUGUGUUUUGGAUUAUCCUUGCUAACUUGGCUUGUACAGUAGAUCGCUCGACCUCUGCCUGUUUCCUGUUAGUCAGUUUUCAUUCAUGAUUUGGAAUAAUCUGCCUUCUCUUUAAAUAAAAUGCCUUUACUGCACCUGAAAUUAACUUUAUUAUUACAGGAUGUGAUGAACUAAAUAGUGUAGAUUCAUGAAAUAAAACCUUUAACUGUACUCUUUAGUCAGUAGUGUUGCAGAUUCCCAGAUUAAUCCUGAUAAUGCCAAACCCAUGGUUACAGAUCAGUAUGAUGAACCACUCUUUGUGCUGCUUAAGUCAAACAAUAAAAACCAAAAUGAACCCUUCUUUAAAUUACACACUAAAGUGAACUUAAUGGUAACUUAAACUUGAACUCCAGUCCUGUUCAGUUUGGUUCAUUUCAGAUUUACAUCCAGUUUGUUUUGUAAAGUAGGGAAAGUUGGAGGUGCUAUUUGGCAGCAUGUCAGAUCACUGUUUCAUCAGAUUUUAAAGUACGGACCAGAAAGACACUCAGAUACACUGUUUAUCAGCUGCAAAAUCUGAUGGUUUACCUCCUUCACAUUUCAGUGACUUUAUCCUCAACACAUCAGUAAUGGAGCAGCGUCUAUUCAUACUCUUGAUUUUCACAGGAUUCAUCCCUCUCAUCCUGUCCAUCUCUCGUCAGUACUAUCUGAUCCAGCAGGGGAAAACCUGGAGUGAUGCUCAGGCUUACUGCAGAGCCACAUACACUGACCUGGCGAUCAUCGACAGUAAUGACAACAUGGUCCGACUUCAGAAUGAAGCACAAAAACAACAGUUCAGUUCCAGUGCUUGGAUUGGACUCUACAAUCCCAUCAACAGCUGGCGCUGGUCCAUGGGAAAUGAACCACUGGGGACUACGUGGUGGGAACCAAGUCAACCCAAUAAUGUUGGUGGACAUGACGAGUGUGGUGCGAAUUCUCCCUGGGGUUGGUAUGAUCUGGACUGUACUUCACUACUCCCCUCUGUCUGUUUUGAUGACAGUUAUACUGGAAAUCAGAGUUACAUUUACAUUACUACUAAUUUGACAUGGCAGGAAGCUCAGACUUACUGUAGACAGCAUCACACAGACUUGGCCAGCUCAAGAGAUGCAACUGAAGAAUCAGUGAUACAGGGACUGAACUCUGACUGGACUUGGUUUGGUCUGUUCAGAGACUCCUGGAAGUGGACAGACCAAACUAGCUUCUCUACCAUCAGCUGGAUGUCUGGAAAACCAGAUAAUGCUGAUUGUGAUGACAACUGUGGUUAUAUAAAUAACAGGCUAUUGAUGCUCAGUGCUCAGACAUAAUGCUUUUCUUUUGUU